ACAAUUUAGAAGUCGUCACGUCACCGUAGCAACCUUUGGACCUUCAGGGGCAUCUGAGAAACACCGUGGCGGCAAUAACAACAUCCUACAACCGCGUUUAACCAAAUCAUAAUAAAUAAUAUUAUUGUUUAGCGCAAUGUUUGUCUUUUUAUUAUUUUACCACCAAAUUUAUGAUCUUAAACUACAAGUCAGUAUUAGAGUAGGAGGCGGGUUUUUGUCGGUAUACGGGUGGGAAAAAUGACUCAGCGGUAGAGUGCUAGAACGCAGAGAAGCAGCUGCUGGUGAUGGUGAAGAUGGCGGAUGGGGAUAGUGGGAGUGAGCGCGGUGGAAGCAGCGGUGGUGGAGGUGGAGGAGGCAGUGGAUUCCCCCAUUUCCAGCGGGAUCAAGAAGAGACCCAGGAGCUGGCCUCCAAACGCCUGGACAUCCAGAACAAGCGUUUCUACUUGGACGUGAAGCAGAACUCGAAGGGCCGGUUCGUGAAGAUCGCCGAGGUCGGCGCCGGGGGCUCCAAAAGUCGCCUGACUCUGUCCAUGUCGGUGGCGGCGGAAUUCCGCGACUACUUGGGCGACUUCAUCGAGCACUACGCCCAGCUCGGGCCUAGCACCCCGGAGCAGAUCGCACAGUCCUCGGGCGGGGAGGACGGUGGUCCAAGACGGGCCUUGAAGAGCGAGUUCUUGGUGAGGGAAAAUCGGAAAUACUACCUCGAUCUGAAGGAGAACCAGCGCGGGAGGUUCCUGAGGAUCCGGCAGACCGUCAACCGCGGCGCGGGGUUCGGGAUCGGAGGGGGAGUGGCCCCUGGGGCGGCCAUGCAGUCCGGACAAACCAUCGCCCUCCCGGCUCAGGGACUAAUCGAGUUCCGCGACGCUUUGGCCAAGCUGAUAGACGACUACGGGGGCGAUGAUGACGAGCUGGCCGGGCCUGGAUGCGGCGCCGGCGGCUACAGCGAGCUGCCCGAGGGCACGUCCAUCACCGUGGACUCGAAGCGCUUCUUCUUCGACGUUGGCGCCAACAAGUACGGCGUGUUUCUGCGGGUCAGCGAGGUGAAGCCCAGCUACCGGAACUCGAUCACGGUGCCGUUUAAAGCCUGGAGCAAGUUCGGGGGCGCUUUCUGCCGCUACGCCGAGGAGAUGAAGGAGAUCCAGGAGAGGCAGAGAGAUAAAAUGUACGAGCGGAGAGCGGAUGAAGAGUCCGAGGGAGACGACGUGGACGACGACUGAUUUCUCCUCCCCAGGAGCGGGCUUUAGUGUCCACACACGCGUUUGACAACUUUGAAAGGAUGUGCAUGAUGAACAUUAAUACUAAAACACCUAUCGCGAAUAAAGUUGUGUGACUGACAAACAUGGCGUAAAUUAAAAUAGACAAAAAAAAAGAAUCUUUAAAGCAUACACACAGCUAGCUAGCUAAGCUAAGUUAAGCGACUUUUCUCGAGCUAGUUAGCUAGCUAGCUGCACUAGGCCUAGUUAGUGAAAAGCUCCUUUUUUUGGUGCAGACCUGUUUUAAAUGGCAUGUAAGAAAAGGCAUAAUUAAACCAACCAAAAAACCUGUUCUUAAUGUGUUUAUGAACACAAUGUGAGCAUACAGUGUUACUUAUUGAGGUUAUUUACAGUAUGCAUUGCCAUAAUAGACAGAAGACCAGCAAAUUCACAACAAGCUUAUUCAGGAAGUUUGUUUCAUGGAUUUUCUCACUUUUGUUUCAGGUCUCUGGUAAUGGAUUUAUUUACUUUUGGCUCCAAUUUAUGGGCUAAGAUUUAAUUUCAAAAGUUCAAGCAGAAACUUGGACAUUUUGCAGUAUAUACAGACACAUUAUGUGGACCAUUGACACAAAAAAAAGGUGCUAUGAAACAUUUCACCACCCCCCUUAAACAUUACUUCUAUGUAUUAUUAUUAUUGCUAUUAUUAUUAACAUGUAAAAUACAAAACCAGUUGAAUGUACAUACUAAAUUAUUAUAAAUCAUUCUUACAGAGAUGGUCGAAGGUUGACAAAGCACACAGCCACUAUUAUCCUAAAACGUACUGAUACUUUAACACUUUACUCUUAAAUUACAAAAGUUAGCACAGAUACUGAGUGUCGUUAUUUUUUAAAGGAUGCUACAUUAACCUGAUUUAGACCGUCGCAAGAAGUGACGGGGAUUCAGUAUCUGUCUGAGUUUGACUGUCCGAUUACAAGUUAGUGAAUUGAAAAGAAUUGAGUGUAACUGGAAAAUACAUUAGAUUCAACGUAAAAACUCACCCAUCAGGGGUUAAAUGCUUAUUUUUAAACACGCAAUACAGAAAUAUAUAUAGAAAUAUAUUUAUAUAUAGGAAUAUAGAAUUGAUUCAAUUAUAACAGGCUUAUUUAAACAACUCUUGGAUGCAAUUAUCCAGUGGGAUAUUUCUUCUGUCUCAUUUUUGUUUUAAUUUUUCAUAUGUUCCUUAUUGACAUAAGGCGAUAAGAACAUCGAAACAGUAUUUAAUGCUUUGUGACCUUUCUCACUACAAUUUGACUUAAAAAAAAAUCCCUCUUCAGGAGAAAUGUUUCUUUUAGCCUUUUGUAUUAUUUGUAUCUGAAUAUGCAUAAGACAUCAAUAAUCUCCCAGAACAGCCUUUUCUCAUCAAUCUACAUGUCUUUUCCAUGAGAUUUGAAAGUAUAUGUCUGUUACAGUUUACAAGCACCCUGUCUGAUCUUUUUGUACCUGUUCUGAUCACUGUAUGCUGAAUUAUUAAACAUUUCAUUUUCUCUAGAGAAGAACAAGCAGAAUUUUAAAACUGUGACAUUUGUCACACAUAGCCUUGAUGUGUGAACUCUUUCUUCAGGAUUUGCUUUAAAACCCUUGUCAUAUUCACCACCUGGGAGCAAUAGCAGUUUUCUACUAGUUUUAAAAUCCGUUUCAGUUUUGCCUUCAGUUUAGAUCUUUUCUGUACCAUGUCCCAUGAAAAAGGCAGCUGUUCAGUCGACAUCAUUCUGCUGUAACACUCCACCAACUUCCUUUCAACGACAAAUAAAAAUUCUUUGCUGAUGAAA